CUGCCUUCUAGGUGUUUGUUUAACAUUUCAGCCCCACAGUUUCAUUGCGAACCAGUUUGCUUAUUGAGCAGGAAAAGACUCGGAGCCCCAGACCAGCUGCAUACUACAUCCGUCGUCGUUUCUCCAUGCUUCUUGGCUGCUCACUUAGUGAAGCUGUACUGUAAUGUAACUUUUACGCCCUGAAGCUUCUGCCGAAAACACAUUAUUCAGGGAGAUGAAUUCCGAAAAGUCGAUUUCUCGCGUAACUGUCCACUCUCCUGGCACACAUAGCCGCACUGAAAGUGAACAAAAAAUUUCGAAUGGUUCUUCGCGAGAACAGGAUGCUUCACUUGAUUUCGGACGGAUUCCUACGUCAACUUUGCCACCCACUGCCUCUCCAGCCAAUUCAUCCUCACAUGAUGUUGGGAGCAAUGAAAAUCAUCCCGUGACAGCUGACUUGGUAUCACAAUCUGCCCCAGCCUUUGUGAGUCACUCUGACACACCCUGUGAAGUCAAGGCUGCGGAGGACUCCGUUAGCCCACCAAAACCGCGUUGGCGACGAGUUCAAGAAGAUGGUCAAUGUUUUUAUGUUAACGAAACCACAGACGAAAAGUGGAUACCAGCAACCGAUUCUGGAGGACAAACAUACUACUAUGAAGCCAGAUCACGUAUAUCUGUGUGGACAUUAGACGAUUUUAUUGGUUCUGCGGAUGGCGAGGAUUCAGAAGUUGGUGUUACUGGAGUCGACCCGCAUAACAUUGAUGGAACUCGUGACGAUGUUUCGAUUUCAGCUGGUAUUUCUACUUCCACACAUGUUGGCGGGUCAGACGAUGCUGUCGGUUUGACAGAUUCCCAUAAAGAGAAACGAAUAAGUGGAAACAAGUUUCAAACUGCUGCUCUCCGCCUCUCCUCACUCCGACCGCUGACUAGGCUAUUUUCUGAUGGCCAACCUCUUGAACCACUAUCCCCCAGUCCUGAUGAUCUUGUACAAAAGCCGUCCGCUGUUGCCAGACGCUUUUCACGUAAUCAGAUUACCGCGGAACACAUUAGCGGACCACUGGAAAACAAAUUAUCUCACUUCGAACGUCGUGGUAUUGUCAACCGCACCAAAUACAUUGAAAAUAAUAUCCGCGUGAACAAACGAUGGAGUGAAUGUGUGCUUACUUUAUCGGGUCCGUGGCUCUUUUUCCGAAAGAGAGCUGCUCUACAACAAGGGAAGCUUGAGUUCAAGCUUCACGUUCAAAAGAUUGACUUUUCCGAAGCGACUGAGGUUGUGACGUCCAGGAAACAUGCACUUAUGCUCCAGGAGAAAGAUGAGCAAGGCAACACUAAUGCGUACCUCAUUCAAACGUCAGACGCCAAGUUGAUGAAUUGCUGGAAAGCCGCCAUCGAUUAUGCCAAACAAUUAUUGGACAACGAAGAUCGCCUAACUUACUCUCUUGCAAAGGGUACCCUAAAAAAUUUACCCGAGACUCCUUCCAAAUUGGACAGUCGCUUGACAUCGAGGCUGCGGGAUUUCUUCCGUAGCAGGCCGUCUGCGGAAUCGCUGAGAUCAAGGGGAAUUCUGAAGAAUGAGCCUGUUUUCGCCUCCACGCUGGUGCAAAUUUGUGAAAAUGAAAACUCCGAAGUUCCUCGGUUCAUCGUCUGCGUAGUCCGAGCGAUCGAAGCCAGGGGACUUCACCAUCUUGGUAUCUACCGAGUCAGUGCGAAUGCCGCGGAUGUACAAAAGCUUCGGUGCUGUGUUAACCAGUACAAUUAUUCGCUAAACUCAGAGAAGUGGACACUAGAGGUACUCACUGGUUCUCUGAAACUCUUCUUCCGUGAACUCAGGGAGCCUCUGUUUACAUUCGACGUGUUCCCAAAAAUACAACAGUUGUUUGCUUCAAACAUGUCAGACUCCGAGAUGGUGCCUCGCCUGCAAGAGGUGCUUCGAUCUAUGCCAACCCCACACAUUGUCACUGCAAGAGUAUUAUUCCACCAUUUGUACAGAGUGACACAACACUGCAGUUCCAAUCAGAUGCAUCCGCACAAGUUGGCCCUCAUCUUCGGACCUGGCCUACUACGCCCAGAGGAUGAUUCAGCUCGCAUGGACACAGUGACCACGCUACAGGCCCCAUUCAUUAAUUUCAGUCUUCAGCAUGUCACCGAACUGUUCGGCCCUGUUGUACCCCCUCCAGUGGUCGUUUAA